AGGGGCGGGCCGGGGAGGCGGCGGAGCGCGCUGGUGCUGAUGCAGGAUGGCUGAGCGCGCAGGAGCCCGGGAGGUCUGAGCCGGGCGAGGCUCGCUCGCUGCGCAUCGCCUCGUUCGCCCGCCGCGUGGUCGCGGGCAGGUGGGCCCGGGGCGCCGCUCCGGGUUAGCGCAGGGCCAGGGAAGGCAGGUCUGCAGCCGGCGGGGCCGGAGGCUGACAGACUGCCCACCUACCCGGUCUCGGAGCGGCCGGAGCUGCCCAGCCCACCGAGUUCGCGAUGACCUGCUGAGAAGCUUCGUCGGAGGCUGCAGGAGGCGGCCUCGCCGAGGGUGGUGCGGUUCGCGGCCUCCUCCCUCGUCGCGCCGAACCUCGGCCCCCCACCCAUCCCCGCGCCCCCUCCCAGCCUCCGGCCGAGAUGGCGGAUCCAGCCGAAUGCAGCAUCAAAGUGAUGUGCCGGUUCCGGCCCCUCAACGAAGCGGAGAUCCUCCGCGGGGACAAAUUCAUCCCCAAAUUUAAAGGCGAUGAGACCGUGGUGAUCGGGCAAGGGAAGCCGUAUGUCUUCGACAGAGUGCUGCCUCCCAGCACGACCCAAGAGCAGGUUUACAAUGCAUGUGCAAAGCAAAUUGUCAAAGAUGUCCUUGAAGGUUAUAAUGGGACGAUUUUUGCUUAUGGACAGACUUCAUCAGGAAAAACGCAUACCAUGGAGGGGAAGCUACAUGACCCUCAACUCAUGGGGAUCAUCCCGAGGAUCGCACAUGACAUCUUUGACCAUAUUUAUUCCAUGGAUGAAAACCUGGAGUUUCACAUCAAGGUUUCCUAUUUUGAGAUCUACUUGGACAAAAUCAGGGACUUACUCGAUGUAUCCAAGACAAACUUGGCUGUUCAUGAAGAUAAAAACAGAGUCCCAUACGUAAAGGGGUGCACCGAGCGGUUUGUGUCAAGCCCGGAGGAAGUCAUGGAUGUGAUAGAUGAAGGCAAAGCAAACCGACAUGUGGCUGUAACAAACAUGAAUGAACACAGCUCUAGAAGUCACAGUAUCUUUCUGAUUAAUAUUAAACAAGAGAAUGUAGAGACCGAAAAAAAACUCAGUGGGAAGCUUUAUCUAGUUGAUUUGGCUGGAAGCGAAAAGGUCAGCAAAACUGGUGCCGAGGGAGCUGUUCUUGACGAAGCUAAAAAUAUCAAUAAGUCUUUGUCUGCUCUGGGAAAUGUGAUCUCUGCCUUGGCAGAAGGGACAAAAACACACGUGCCGUACCGGGACAGCAAGAUGACUCGGAUUCUUCAGGACUCUCUGGGUGGGAACUGUAGAACCACCAUCGUUAUUUGCUGUUCUCCCUCUGUCUUCAAUGAAGCUGAGACCAAGUCAACGCUGAUGUUUGGACAAAGGGCUAAGACCAUCAAGAAUACAGUCUCUGUGAACCUGGAACUGACAGCGGAAGAAUGGAAGAAGAAAUACGAAAAAGAGAAAGAGAAAAACAAGACUUUGAAGAAUGUUAUCCAGCAUCUGGAGAUGGAGCUAAACAGAUGGAGAAAUGGAGAAGCUGUGCCUGAGGAUGAACAAAUCAGCGCUAAGGACCAGAAGACCCUGGAGCCCUGUGAUAACACCCCCAUCAUAGACAACAUCGCUCCUGUUGUUGCCGGCAUCUCUGCAGAGGAAAAGGAGAAGUAUGACGAGGAGAUCUCCAGUCUCUACAGACAACUCGAUGACAAGGAUGAUGAAAUUAACCAGCAGAGCCAGCUGGCUGAAAAGCUAAAGCAACAGAUGUUGGAUCAGGAUGAGCUUUUAGCUUCCACAAGAAGAGACUAUGAGAAGAUCCAGGAGGAGCUGACGCGUCUCCAGAUUGAAAACGAGGCAGCCAAAGAUGAGGUGAAGGAAGUUCUCCAGGCCCUAGAGGAGCUGGCUGUCAAUUAUGACCAGAAAUCACAGGAAGUGGAGGACAAGACCAGGGCCAAUGAGCAGCUGACGGAUGAGCUGGCCCAGAAAACGACUACACUGACAACCACACAGAGAGAGCUGAGCCAGCUACAAGAGCUCAGCAACCACCAGAAAAAGAGAGCUACCGAGAUCCUGAAUUUGCUGUUGAAGGAUCUGGGGGAGAUCGGUGGAAUUAUUGGCACCAAUGAUGUGAAGACUUUGGCAGAUGUGAAUGGAGUCAUUGAAGAGGAAUUCACCAUGGCUCGUCUGUACAUCAGCAAGAUGAAGUCGGAGGUCAAGUCCCUGGUGAACCGCAGCAAACAGCUGGAGAGCGCCCAGAUGGACUCCAACAGGAAGAUGAAUGCCAGCGAGCGGGAGCUGGCAGCUUGCCAGCUGCUCAUCUCCCAGCACGAAGCCAAGAUCAAAUCCCUGACAGACUACAUGCAGAACAUGGAACAGAAGAGGAGGCAGCUGGAGGAGUCCCAGGACUCACUCAGUGAAGAGCUGGCCAAGCUCCGAGCCCAAGAAAAAAUGCAUGAAGUCAGCUUCCAGGAUAAGGAAAAGGAACAUCUGACGCGGCUGCAGGAUGCUGAGGAGAUGAAGAAGGCGCUGGAGCAGCAGAUGGAGAGCCACCGGGAAGCUCACCAGAAGCAGCUGUCCAGACUUCGAGAUGAAAUUGAGGAGAAGCAGAAAAUCAUUGAUGAGAUUCGGGAUUUGAAUCAGAAACUGCAACUGGAACAAGAGAAGCUCAGCUCUGAUUAUAACAAGCUGAAAAUAGAGGACCAGGAGAGAGAACUGAAGCUGGAAAAGCUCUUAUUGCUCAAUGAUAAAAGGGAACAAGCCAGAGAGGACCUCAAAGGGCUGGAGGAGACAGUGUCUCGAGAACUGCAGACUCUGCAUAACCUCCGUAAACUCUUUGUCCAGGAUCUGACUGCCCGGGUUAAAAAAAGUGUCGAGCUGGACAGCGAUGAUGGAGGGGGCAGUGCUGCCCAGAAGCAGAAAAUUUCCUUCUUGGAGAACAACCUGGAGCAGCUCACUAAGGUUCACAAACAGCUGGUCCGGGACAACGCGGACCUGCGCUGCGAGCUGCCCAAGCUGGAGAAGCGGCUGCGCGCCACGGCGGAGCGCGUCAAGGCCCUGGAGAGCGCGCUGAAGGAGGCCAAGGAGAACGCCAUGCGGGACCGCAAGCGCUACCAGCAGGAGGUGGAUCGCAUCAAGGAGGCUGUGCGAGCCAAGAACAUGGCCAGGAGGGCCCACUCGGCCCAGAUCGCCAAGCCCAUCCGCCCUGGACACUACCCGGCAUCGUCUCCAACGGCCGUCCACGCCAUCCGAGGGGGAGGAGGUGGCUCUUCGAACUCCACUCACUUCCAGAAAUAAAUAUGAAAUGUGACUCUCCACGCAGCAUGUCAAGGACAUGGAUCACCAAUUCCCUUAUUUUUUUUCUCUUCUACACAAUUUCCAUUUUCUUUUACACUUGCUUACCCCAGCUGUCUGCAGUACACCAGUUUCAGAUAUGUGAGUUGUGUAGAAUUUCUGUGUACAAAUAUGUGCUUGGACUUUUCUCUUCCUGAGAAAUCUGAAGGGGACGAUCACAGAAGAUCCACUUACCCCGGGGAACCAAUGCCGUGGCCUCGGGCUCAGGGCAUUGGGUGGUCUCUGGGCGGUCCCUGGAGCCUCCUUUCUUGGCAGUGCACUGUCCCAGAAACGCCCUAACAUGCCAUUCCCUGGGGAGAGCCACCAAGUGCCGUGGAGGCGGGGGAUCACGCUCUGCCGCAACUGUCUGGUUUCCUGUAAAAUAAACACAUUACUUUAUAUUUUUAGGGAACAGAAAAAGUGCUGCUAUAGGGUUCAAAAUUUUCAUUCUGAACACUUUUCCAAAACAAGUUACUCCAAGGAAGCAUUUUGAAUACCCUGGUCACAUCUUUGGAUCUGUAAAAUACACCUUUUAGUAUGGCACCUGUUAAAAUGCAAAACAAAUUUCUUCAAGGCAGAAAAACAAUCUGACGGUAGCAAUGUAGAAUUUGUUCAUUCAAACAUAUCUCUGUAAAUGCAAAAAGUCAUAAAAUUCACCUCUGAGCUGCUUGCUAUUGAACCUGCAGUGACUAGUUUCAGCCAGCCCAGUUUGAACAUCAUUCCUUGAGAAGUGUUGAAAAUGCUGCAAAGUUGGAUGAGUGGAAAUGGGCUUGCCCCUCUCCAUACUUCCUCCUCCUAAUCCUACUGGAGCUUGCACUGGGGAUGGCCUCUUUCUCUAGGGAACCAUCUUAAGCCUUGGGGGGAUGUUACUAACGAAAUCCAGGAUCGUUCCAGCAGUUGAAAAAGGAAGGCUUGGGAGGAAGUAAUUGACGAAUUUGUGUGCCUAUCAAUAAGUUGCCAUGAAUAAGUUGCUAUUUUAACCCAUCAUUGCUGACUGUUUACUUGAGUUCUCUGGUUGGCAUCAAAUAGGUAGGUUUCAUCUUCUUAGGCAGAAUUAGAAGAAUUUGGUAUGGAUGGAUUUUUUACCUUUAGUUAUUGCUGUAUUUAAAUACAUGAAUCUAAAGCUGAGUCAACUGUUAACUUCCAGUGCAUGUUAAAAUGAUCAAUUUCUAGGUAGUAAAGUUUUCAGGGAAACUGACAAGGAUUUGAUUAACUUGGUCUUGUGUGCUGCUACUUGUUUUGACAAAUUUGAGGGUAAGUCAAUGACAACCAAACCAGUCUCCCUGAAAGCACCUAUCCUGUCAUUGUGCCUGCCCAAGAUGAGUGAGCGGACACAGUGCCUGCUGCUGUCACCACUGGAAUGAAAUGUAUGCCGGGGGAGACAUUGAGCUUUCUCAUCGCUGUGUGGUCCAAGAUAGUUCAACAAAGUGUGUGUGUGUGAGUGUGUGUGUGAGUGAGUGAGGAUGAAGCACUAAGGACUGUGAAUUGACUUCUAAACUCUUCUUGUAUAAAAUCUCCCUAACCAAGCAAAGCUGCUUUGACUUAAUUUAUUUGUUAAACGUUGCAC